UUGAAAAUGUCAAGACGUGUUUUUCACGGGAAAAUCCGGGAAAUUAAAUAUUUUCUUUUUGGCUCCAUAGCCUAAGUGUGCACAAACAAUUUGGACGUUAGUUUGUAGGUAAUUUGGUGCAGUGAUAGGCUGAGAAAUGCCUAGACUCGGAGUGGAACUUGUAAGACUUGCCCUAGUUGUUUGGGGACGGGGCAAUGAGAAAUGUUUAUAAUUGAAAAUGGUUAAAAAUAAACUUACUGGUGAUGUGAAAAACAUGUCAGAAAAGUGAAAGAUUUAUACACCUUCCACAACACGAUUAUAAUGUGUCAAAACUUACAUAAAAGAGGACCAUAAGAACCACAGCGGAUGACAAGGGUGGUACGGGUAGACCCUAAAAAGGUCGCUAUCGGUGGAAAAAAAAGUAGAAAUUAGAACAUUUCUCCAGUGCAAUGGAGUGCGAAGGCAAUUUGUGUGAGAUCUUAAAUCAAGGUGAUUGUCUCUCUCGGUGAACUCAGGUGAGACUUCCCCCCACGUGGAGAGUGCGAGAGAGUGAAAAGGUAGUCGAAACAAAAGUGAAUGGAGCCUAGCGAGAGAGCACGAAAUUCGCAACUCGCGAAGAGCCCAGCGUACUCCAGCACCGAAAGCGCUGAGGCAUUGCUGGUACGACCGCUCGUGAGUACGGAGCUGUGAGAUAGGAGCUUUUGUCGUGCGCGCGCGCUACAUCCGGCCAGACUACAAUUGCUGCCUCUUGCAACUUCACACAAGAAUUCCAGACAGUCUCUCAUUGGAAGUCAAAAGUGGAAGUUGAGUGGUGCUUUCUGUGCUUAAGAAAAAUAUCCCGCGACAGGUGAUACUCGCGAGUGAGUCCCGUGAUAUAUGGUAAAAACCUAUCCAAAGCUCAAAUUGCUAACCAAGUUAAUUGGUAGUUGCAUGCAAACAGAGUGAAGCUUGUGGUGUUCGCGCGGAAAUUUUCCAAGAGAGCCCUCAACGUAUUUUUUCUGUCUUUUCGAAAGACCGUGUGAGAAAUUUAAAUAGAAAAAAAAUCGUGUCUCGCAGUGUGAUGCAAGAAUAAUUAGCUAAUCCAGAGAUCUGAAAAGAGCACACUCAAGCACAAAAACACGACCAUUUGUGCAGAUCUCAGCAAUGAACAACACUCUACUUUCCUAACAAUCACUGAGUACCGCCAGAGGUAAAUAUUGUCUAUUUCGCGAAAGACAAACACGGCUAUUGCAGACACAAAAAUAAUAACCCAUUAGCGCUCGCAAAGUUGAAGCACAAAACGGGUGGCAAGUGAAAGGAAUUUGGCGUGAUCCAUUGCAUGUUAAUUGCACAGAGAAAGACCAUCGCGGGUGUGCUGUGAAUAUCGCGCUGUGCUAAAGAGGUUGAUGGUUACCAGUGGCAAGUGUGGCCCAAGAGUGCCGGAUUGUGAAGUGAGUGUGUGACGAAGGAAGGUACCAACGAAAGUGAUAUCGCAAAAGUCCUGUAGCACCUGGAGAUCCAUGCUGAGAACCGUUAAAAUGAGAAGGAAUGUGAAAUUUCUUCUGCUGCUAUCAGUAUCAUGGAUGUUUGUUAUGGUUUACUACUUCCAAUCCAAUAAUGCCAAGACCUCCAACUCACUGACUUCAGCAGCUCAGCAUGUUCCCGACAAAAACCAUAUGACAUCACCAUCAUCAAUCGAUCUUCAUGCUCCUCAAGGUGAUGACCAUCACCUCUAUUCACUCUCAUCUCAGAUUGAGAAUCGAGCACUACGGUUACGGGAUGCAGUAACAGUCGCCGCUGCCCAGUAUCCAGAUCAUGAGAUCGCAUCAUCCACAUCACCCCAAGGAGCACCCAUUGCUCUCAUACCUGAAACAUCACCACGAUUGUCGUGGGACUACUUUGAUGAGGCAGGAUACAUAGCAAGGGGGGGAUUGCGCAAUGGAGAGGAUCCAUACGUUCGCAAUCGAUUCAAUCAGCAAGCAAGUGACCUCCUGCCGAGCAACAGAGAAAUUCCUGACACUCGAAAUCCCAUGUGUCGGAAGAAGAAGUGGAAGCGCGAUCUUCCAGCUACGAGUGUGAUUAUUACGUUCCACAAUGAGGCUAGAUCAACGCUCCUGCGCACAAUAGUGAGCGUACUCAACCGCAGUCCGGAACAUUUGAUCAAAGAGAUAAUUUUGGUUGAUGACUUCAGCGAUCAUCCUGAUGAUGGUCUCGAAUUGGCAAAGAUCAAUAAAGUUCGUGUAAUACGAAAUGAGAAGCGCGAAGGUCUUGUGCGUUCUCGUGUCCGUGGGGCGGAUGCAGCCAUUGCCAAUGUUCUCACAUUCCUCGAUAGUCACUGUGAAUGUAAUGAGAACUGGCUCGAACCCCUCCUUGAGCGAGUGGCAGAAGAUCCCACGAGGGUGGUGUGCCCAGUAAUUGAUGUCAUCAGUAUGGAUACAUUUCAGUACAUUGGAGCAUCAGCCGACCUAAGGGGUGGCUUUGAUUGGAACCUUGUGUUCAAAUGGGAAUACCUCAAUCCGGGUGAACGACAAGCACGACUAAAGGAUCCCACUGAAGCAAUUCGUACCCCAAUGAUUGCUGGUGGGCUCUUUGUGAUUGACAAAACAUACUUUGAGCGUCUCGGGAAGUAUGACACAAAAAUGGACGUUUGGGGUGGGGAAAAUCUAGAAAUUAGCUUUAGGGUAUGGCAAUGUGGGGGUAGUCUAGAAAUUAUACCAUGCAGCCGUGUAGGCCAUGUCUUCCGGAAGAGACAUCCCUAUACCUUCCCAGGAGGCAGUGGGAAUGUUUUUGCACGAAACACCCGCCGAGCUGCUGAGGUCUGGAUGGAUGACUACAAGCAGUACUACUAUGCAUCAGUUCCUCUUGCCAAGAACAUCGCUUUCGGAAAUAUCGAUGACCGAAUGGAGCUCAGGCGAAAGCUCCAAUGCAAACCAUUCAAAUGGUAUCUGGAGAAUGUAUAUCCGGAAUUGGUGGUGCCAGAGACGACGGUUUUGGGAAGUCUCAGGCAAGGACCCUAUUGCCUGGAUACAAUGGGUCAUCUUACAGAUGGAACAGUUGGUUUAUACCAAUGUCACGACAGCGGUGGUAACCAAGAGUGGUCAAUCACAAAACGUGGGCAGAUCCGUCAUCACGAUCUUUGCCUCACUCUAGUCAAUUUUGCUCACAGCUCUAUGAUCGUGAUGAAGUUCUGUGAUGACUCAGAGAAUCAAGUGUGGCGAUCCCGAGAUGGGGGUCUCCUGCAGCACUCCAAAAUAAAUGUUUGCCUGGAUUCACGGCAUCUGCAUGAGAAGGGUAUCUCGGCGGAACGAUGCAAUUCGGCGCUGGAGUCUCAGCGUUGGCGCUUCCAGUCGAAGUAUUCAUCAUGAAUGAUACCUCCAGGGGCCGCUCGGAAGAAGCGCCAGCGCCGCCGUACGGCCGCCGUUACAUCGCGCUUGUGAUUAUAAUCCCAGCACUUCCUGCCCGUCGCACCAGCGUCUAAGAAAUUGCGGCGGCGUCUCUCAGGCGAGUUCUAACGAGGGCUCAUUCUGCUCAAAUUUCCAAGCUAGCUAAUUCAACUUGCGUGAGGUAUACAUUCAUCUUGGAAUAAGUGAUACUUAGGCAAAGACAUCCUCUAUUAAUGCUCCCUUCCUUAUAUUUUAUAAAAAUAUAUAUACACUCCAGAAUUUGCAUAAGAACUACAUAAUAUUUUUUUAAUAAAUUUUAUUUAUUAUUUUUUUUAACUAUACCUGAAAUUGCGAAAAAAAAGAUUAAACGUCACCUUCCUGAAAAUAAAACUUCAAAAGAGAGACUUUUCUUUUAGAUAGAUAGACGCUGAAAGAGAGAUAGAUAGUUUUCCUUAUAAGCUGUUUUUUUUAAGGAUUUAAGCAACUAAUGCCAAAUUAUGGCGUGAUUUUCAACAACUCUUGCUCUUUUCCAAUCAAAAGUGAGAAAAGAGUUUUUCCCUGAAAACUUUUUACAGUGACGAAUGAAAUUUUCCUCAUGUGUAAUGAUGAUUUUUCAAAUUGCAUCGAAAUCCUUCCUUGAUUGCUAAAGAGCAAGCAAUUCUGAACGGUGUGUGUGCCCCAGAUGAUUAUUCGUUUUUCUUUGUUUGAUUUGAGAAAAUCAUCAAAAUUUUCCGCGUAGAAGAAUUUAAUAAAAGAAAAAUAAAUUCAGAUGAAAGAAGCGGAUUUCUCAAGGGGUGUUUAUCUGAAUGAAAUGAUUCGGAUCUUCGGAAAUAUUCGGAAUAUUGGCUAAUAUUCGGAUGAUUUGCCAGAGAAAUCAAAAUAUUGAAUUUCAGACUCUAAAUGGCUUAGAUUGAGAAAUAGAAGCCUAAAAAAAUAUUUAUUUCAAACCUUAUAAGAACUAAAUUCAAACCGAAUAGUAAUUUCACACCUAAUCAUGCUAAAUUCAAGCCUAAAAGAGCUUAAAAUUGAAGCAUAAAAAUUCUUUUUAGGCAUAAAAAGGCAGAGAUUGAGGAAUAAAAGCUUAAAUUCGAAAGAAUCACAGCUAAGAAUAUUUAAUUUAGGCCUAGAAAGAACAAAAAGUAGUUAAUUCAAGCCUCAAAGUAUUUGGUUUUCAACCCUGAAAAGGCAUUCUCAAAUCUCAAAAAGCUUUAAAAAAUAUUACAUAAAUGUCUAAAAAAUACUAAAAUUGAAGUUUAAAAAGUAGUUAAUUCAAGCUAAAGAGUUGUAAAUUCAAGCCAAAAAGUAGUAAAUUUAACCCAAAAAAGGCUAAAUUCAAGCCGAUAUUAUAUUUAGUUUUCAAUCUCAAAAUUUCAAUGAUCGAGGAACAAAACUUAUUUAAAAAAAAUUCAUUUAAACUUAAAAAAGGACUAAAUUCUAACCGAAAAGUAGUAAAUUCUACCCAAAAAAGACUAAAUUCAAACCAAAAUUUCCUAAAUACGUUUUUUGAUUUUUUUUUUCUGUUUUGAAUUAAUCGGUUUUUAGCAAAAGAUGUUCAUGUGAAGUCAAAUAUUCAGAUCUUCGGAAAUAUUCGAAUGAUUCGCUUAAAAAAAACAAAAUAUUCGCCAGAUAAACACCCCUUGGGAUUUCUUAAUCUCGGCAGAAUUUUAAGCAAUAAUACCGAAAAAAACAUUAAGAAACUUUUUAAAAAGAAAACUACAAAAUUACCCUGUCUUUUUUAAUUAAUAAAAUUAUUUCAAAUUCAUAAUUUUAAUAAUUAUGUUUAAAAAUAAAAUUUCACAUCUCAAAUAAAUAAAGUAAUAAUGAAAAGAUUUGAAAUGAAUGUCAGGGCAAAUAUGAAAGAAUGAUUUUUUCUCGUGAAUAUUAUGUACUUACAUACAUAUAUCCUUUAUGUAUCGUUAAAGCAAAAGGCUGGAAGGAUGAGAGUGAAGUAUAUAAAUGGAGCAAAGGCUCAAGAGACAGUGCGAGGUAUUAAAUGUAAAAUUCAUAAAGAGUAUUAGAAUAUUAAAAUUAUUGUUUCACUCACAUAUACCUCUGUUGAAAUCUCCAUUGGAGAAACUCAUUGAAAUGCAUUAUAUGGGCGCGGAGGGAUCCUUUCCGCACUUUUAUCUUUCAUUUCUAUUUUAAUAUAAAUAUGUAUUUAUGGAAGGAGCAAAAAAGGCCGUUCCCCGAAGGUUGUAGCAUUUAUACAUAUGAGAUGGACGGGAUAUAGAGGAGAAAUUUAAUGUAUAAGCAAACACACGCUAUAUAUACAUAUAUACAUUAUAUAUGGAGGGCAUACAUGUGGUGUGGUAUACAUGGAUUUACGGAAUGUUUGGCUGAAUGGUGUGAUGUGGAUGAGAAAAAUGCCCCCCAGAGUCAUCAUCCCCUGAAAUCAUCUCGAAAGCAACGUGUUAAUCGGCCAUUUAACCCUCUUAUUGGGUGCCACACGAUGGACCGAGAGGGUGAAAAACGUGUCCACAGAAGGAGCCUCCGGAAAGGCACAAAAGUCUCUUCUCUUUCAUCCCGCCCCAGGCAACCUCCCCACUGUGAGACCUCUCCAGACACACUUCUCCACCCCCAACCACCACCACAAAAAGCCACCCUCUCUCUCUCGUCUGUAAUUGUGAAUAUUAACUUUCCAAGAGGCCCCCUCGACAAUCUCAACAACGUCCAACGAGGCAAAAUGAGAUGUCACGAAAAUCAUUUUGCGCACAUGAUCCCCCAACACAAUAGCCUCCCUUCACCCCCCAUCAAAAUGAAAAAAAAAGAAUCAUUCCCAACCCCCCGAAAAAGCCACGGUAUGAAAUUAAAGAAAGAGACAUAUAACAAUAAUGUCGUGAGUCAAUGUAUAUAUAAAAGUAAUUGAGUAAAAUUUGUAUAAAUAACUCGUGGAUUUAUUUCUCAUCUCAGAGAUGGCUCAUUUUCUCUCAUUCGCUCUUGAAUUUCCUCAUAAGACCAAAUUAACAAACCAUGGAAUGUCUCGGAAAUUCCAUUUAGCCACCCACACCAACCCUCCUGGUAGGAAAUAAGAGUAAGGGGUGUCUAAAGUGGAAAAUGCGAGAAGGGGAUUUUUCAUUUUUACUCAUCUCCUCGGAAGGCUACAACGGUAUAUAUAGGUACUUACUUUAGUAAAGAAAGUUCAUCAGUUUAUCCAUCUUUAAAUUCAGAGUAACAUUACCUGAACAGUAUAAUUUUAAUUGGUUGAAUAUUUUUCUUUGCUACAUUAAUCUAUAAUUUAAAUAAAAUUUAUAAAAUCAAAUUUUUUGCAUAUGUACUGCCAUUUAGAUACCCAGUAAACAAAUUUUGCUCAAAAAUUGACCAAUUAUUGAGCUCAAUAAUGAGUCAAUAUAGAUCUACACAGAUGAUCAAAUUGAUCAGUUAGAUUGAUAUUUAAUGGGUCAUAUUCUGCAACCAAGAACUCUUUGAUAUUUCAGUAAUUUCAAGGAUUUAUAUGAUCCAACAAUUGGUCAAUAGUUGAAUAGUC